AUGCGUCUUCUUUCUCGGGCCGCAGCUCUGCUUUAUUUCUUCAUUGUUGGUUUGCAUGCCCAAUGGAUUUCCGAAGUGGACGAUCGUAUCAAACAAUUUAAUGUCAGUGGAGAUCCAGCUGUGGAAGGUGAAUUUCCGUAUAUGGCUAUUUUGAAGCUGAACGACGAUUUAUGUGAAGGAACUUUAGUUGGACCUUCCCACAUCUUGACUGCAGCUCAAUGUUUAUUCGGUCGUUCUACAACAGAUGCCACCAACUUCCAAGUUUUAUUAAACACGCUCACAACGGAUGGCGACGCAGGAGUUGUCACUGUAGGAGUAACGAAUUUUAUAAUUCAUGAAAAUUUCAACCCAGUUACCAACGAUAACGACGUGGCCCUAUUAGUCUUAGAAUCAUCAGUUACAGAUGUACCUCCUAUUCCUUCAGAAUCGAUGUCUGAUUUGGUGCAUUUUGACCAUUUAUUCAAUGGUAAAAUAACUAAUCGAGCCUCCAGUACUUAUGCUGAUAGCCCGGCCGUCAUUAUUGGAUGGGGAACAACAAUCACUCCAGGAGGAAGCCUUUCAAAUACAUUGUUAAAAGCUGAUGUCGUAGUGGAGGACAACACAAUCUGCGCCAGUCAAUAUCCCGAUUUUGUCGGCGAUAAUAUGCUGUGUGCCACGUUUACAGAACCAGGUAUCGACAUUGGCGGUCCGCUUUUCGUCGAUGGAGUUCAAGUUGGUAUUAAUUCCUUCGGCUAUAAUGUUGAUUGUGCUGAUCCUAGUUAUACUGGCUUAUACACCCGAGUCACCACUUAUCUUGAGUGGAUUGCGACUACGAUGGCCAACAAUCCGUAA